AUGGGCGACGACUCAAUGCAAUUUCCGACGAUCGACAAGAUCCCGGCUUCCGAUUCAGCUACAUCAACUUCCAAUGUGAAGCCGAUUAUGACAAGGCCGUCGAAUCACGGUGGCGGAAAUAUGCGCUCGAAGGAGACAGCGAAAAGGAAGGCCGAGCCCGGAUUCUCGAGGGAUGAGGUCGACGAAUGGGAGGAGGAGCUCGAGGAUGAGGACGACUACGUCUCUGAAAUGGAUGAUUUCAUCGACGAUUCUGCGGCCGAUGAUGAACGGGCACUGAGGAGGGAACUCGACAGCGCUUGCCAGCAGCCGGUGGUACCCUGGUGUCGCUUCAUGCCGCUAGAAGUUGUCCCUGAGUCCUGGUGGAAGAAGGACCACCACUUACUCAACUUUCUCAGCAACAACGGAACUCGUCAAUUGAUGGCGAUCGCUUCGGGAAAAGCCGCUGCUCCAGCCAGAAUCCAAGAAGAGAAGCCAUCCUUCUCUUCUUCUUCUAAUCGCCCGGAAGCCAAGCCCUCUUCUUCCGUCUCCCACAAAAUGCCCACCAUCUCGGCUUCCGCUUCCGCUACUUCUUCUUCCCAUCUCAAGCCGCAUAUGCCAAGUAGCGAGCGGUUGCCGGAGAGGCGUUCCUUGGAGCCAUCGAAUGCGCUGAAGGUGAAGGAACAGCUCCAGUUGGCGUCGGACAAGCUCAAGGAGAUCACCCAGCCUGAUUGCCCUCCCUGCUUCAAGAGGGCCAGCUUCGUGGCAUACGUUGAAGCGAUGCUGAAUUAUUAUAAUUUGCGCUCUUUCAUGUGGGAGUUUCUCUGGGUCCAGCACCGCGUCGCGGAUGCCCGAAGUGCUGGCCGGGCAGUCGUCGUGAAUACGGGAAGAUACGGACUCGGCACGAGGGUCGCCAUUCUCGUGGAGAUGAUCGCCGACAAGCUGAGUGUGGUCAUUCCUUGCGACAAGGAGGAGCUCUUCGUCAUCAAGGACGUCGGCAUCGCAAGCCAUGAAGAGGCGGACGUUCGUGCCCUUGUACUCUAUGGUGUCGAUGAAUGUGUGAAGCGAAUUGGCAACUACGAUGGGAUUAGCAUGAGACUGCUCGAGCUCGGUCCCUCCUCCCUGGUGGGCAUCUGCAAGAAUCUCUUCAAACUCGACGGAGCCGAUAUCGUGGCGGCUGAUCUUCGCAAGGAGGCGAAGAUGGCUAGCAGGCGCAAACAUAGGAAGCACCGUUUGAAUGAGCCGUACGAGAGAUUGAUGCACAACCUCGUCCAAUACACCAACACGUUCUCUCCAUUCGAAUAUAAAGAGCUCGAGGACCUCGUUGAGAGAAAGCAUUCGUUAAUUCGAGCCACAAUGCUGCAUGUCCGAGCUGCCCACAACUACGCCAGAACCCUCCGAUUCGAAUGGUCUCCCAUGGGCUGUGGCAACGUCACUGAACAUGUUGAUUGGUUCUUCGCGCGCCACCGUCAGCAGCAAGUGGUGGAGAAGAUCAAGCAGCAACUCUCGCCCGACAGCCUGGUUCUAUCAACUGACUAUCAGGAUCGAUUGAAGAUGCUCAAAAUGCUGAACUACGUCGAUACGCACGAUAUGGUCACCUACAAGGGAGCAGCGGCCCGUGAACUGAAGUUUCAGCCGGUGCUGAUCACAGAGCUGAUCCUCGAUGGAAAAAUGGAUGGGCGUGCUCCGGAAGAAAUUGCUGCUCUGCUCUCCGCUACCAUCCCCGUAGAUCAUCGAUUCACGCCAGCUGCGACCCUCGGCCCAGAUCUGCACAUCAUUCGCCGGAUCCGCAGCGACAUUCUCGAGACUCGGAGUCGGAUUAGGGCCAAGGCUCGGGCUGCCGGCGGGUUAAGGGUCGAGUUGAACGACGAUCUUUGUUUUGACUGGAUUCAGGUCGUGUUGCUUUGGGCGAAGGGCAAGGGCGUCGCGGAGAUCACAGAGGAGACUGACUGCCAGGAGGAUCUCAUCGUCCGUUGUAUCCAACGAAUCGAAGAGGUAAUCAAGGGCGCGACGGCCGCCGCGAACACGUUGGCCGGCAAAAACAACGGCCCGGCGGAGACGGCCUUGAAAAAAGCCGCUAAGUUGCUGAACCGAGAAGAC